GAUAUAUAAAACAUUCAAAACAAUGUAAAACAUCUCAACCACAACGCGACCCACCAUAUAAGCUUUUACCAUAUAUUAAAAAAAAUGUUGAAACUCUAUUGAAUCUAAACGUAAGCACUGCUGAUAUUCUUGCUCAGAAUGCCAAAAUGGUGAAAAACUGUAUAAAUAUUAAAAACGAUCCUGCGAAAAAUUUAGAGCAGUUUCUUGGACCAGACGCGAAUCCAUCAGAACUUAAAAAAGCGUGUCUACAUUACCAACCCUAUACAAAAGAAACUGGUCAUCUAGAAAUUAUUAUUAGUACUCAUGAGCAACAGGAGUUUGCGUGGAAGUAUAGACAUCAUAAUCUUAUCCUUAUGGAUGGAACGUUUGGAAUUAGCAAGAAUAAACUUCUCUUAUUCAUUAUCUUAGUUAUCGAUGAAAAUAACAAAGGCAUCACUAUUUCAUUUAUUAUCUUUAUACCACCUCCACAAAAUCGACUAACAUUAUCUGGCUAUGAUAGCAGUAUUUUGGAAUGGCUUCUUACAAUCUUCCGUGAUAGAAUUAGCACAAUUUACAACCAAAACCACCUCACAGAAAACCCAAACACUACUACAAUUACAUUUAGUCCUCUUGUUGCAAUGACUGAUACAGAUGUUAAAGAGCGAAAGUCAUUGUUAAAAGUAUGGCCAAAUAUAACUUUGCUUCUAUGUUACUUUCAUAUUAGCCAAUGCUGGAAAAAUGAAAUGAACAAGCAAUUGGGACGAGGUGGUGGAAAUGAUACAAUUUUACAACGCCAAACCUUGAAAACGUAUUUACGAAAUGUAUUAAAGGAAGCUUGGACAAUAGAUGGUAAUGAGAAUAUAGCCGCAAAAUUACUUGGAAUUUCCUUCGAAAAGCUUCCUACUACAAAUAACCAUCUUGAAGGAUUAAAUGAAUACCUAAAAAAUAAUCAAAUAAGUCGAUUUCAAAGAAAUAAUCGUCUCCUCAGAGCAGAUGUACUUUACACUGUUCUUGUAAAUGAAAUCAUACCUAACAUAUUGUCUUUGCGAAAUCUUGUAAAAAAUCUCGAGCAAGAAAAAGCAGAACGACGAAAAGAAUUCAAUAUUAUAAAACAAUUAGAUCAUAAAGUUCUUCAGCAAGAGUUUUUCAAAGUGGCUUACCUAGCUCCAAGUCUAAAACGUGAUGAAUCAGCAAAGAAAUUGCUUCAAACCAAAAAAGUAAUUAAGUAUGAAAUAGAACAAAUAACAGGAAAAAUUUUUGUUCAAGUUGAAUCCGAAACUACACCACACCUUGUCUAUACUACCUGUGUAUAUGGUCAGGCUACAGAUAUUUGUUGCCAAUGUAUUGAUUUCCUUCAAAGAGGAAUUAUGUGUAAGCAUCUGCGUGCUGCAACUCUUUAUAUAGAUGAACUUCGUCAACAAGAACAACAUGCACAUCUACCUGAAUUGACUUUUGCGACUUAUCAAAAAGCACAAAGUAUUAGUCGCAACCUAUAUACAAACCAACAAGAAAUACCAAUAAGUUAUACGAAUAAUAGUGAUAUUAGUGAUGAUGAUAAUAGUGAUAAAAGUGACACUAAUAACGAAAAUGAAGAUACUGAUAAUGAAUGUAAUGAUCAAGUUUAUGAUACGAAUAAUUUUACAUUCACCACAUCUGAAAAAACUCUCAAUUACAUGAAGCACAUUCUCGGUAUACAACACACUUUGAUGACAAUAUCAUCUGCAAGCUCACCUUCACAAACCCAAUUCAGAUCCAACACGUCCAAUAUUGCUAGUUUAAAUGCCUCUGCUAUUUACAAACAGGAAUUCCAAGACUUUCUAAUAUCGACUUCAAGAAGUCUGCAAGCACUGCAAGAAAAUUUAAAAGUUUUGGAACAUUUGAGUCCGUUUAAACAGCCAUUAACACAAGAAGUUCCAGAACAAAUGAGUACUAAUAAUCAAUAUAUUUUAUUAAAUCACCUUCAUAAUAUCGUUACCUCAGAAUCCUUUAGAAAUGCACAGCAAUUUGUGGACGUCAUGCAUGAGAAUGUAAAUUCUCAAAAGCGCAAAGCUCCUAUUACUAGCCUUCUUCCACUCGAACAAGAAACGAAAAGACGUCGGCACCCAACUUACAAAAGCUAUUAA